AUGGAUUCCUCAUCUCCACUAGAGCGCUCCCCGACCAACUCCCCCGCCAUUCCAUCUGCCUCUAGUAGUCUCAGUUAUCGUCCCAGCCACGGCCAACCUCAACCAGAUUCGUCACCAAACAUGACGGAUACUCCGAUUCCCGACGACCAGCAUGGAGCUGAUCUACCAAUGAAUAUGACUGCAUCAGUUAUGCUGACUGGCCUGCCUCGUGAUGCCCAUCAGGCACUCGCUGAUGUGGAACGCAUCGAUUCUCACAAAGGUAUCUAG